AUGGCCGGAUAUCCAACACAAGGCUCGGACGGUAGCCUCGUGCUGGACAUCUGGAUAUCCCACGUCGAGGAAGCUUCCAGACCGAGACCGCAGCCCACUUGGAAAAUGGAAUGUCAGAUCUUCAGAGUUUCGAUGCAUCGGCACGGGUGGACGUGGCGGUGGCUCGCGAGCACUAGAUACGGCGACUCGGGAAGCGAAGGAGUGUAUGGAUGUGACGAGCCAACGAACGCGGGGAUGCUCAAGCGCGACAGCGACGGCCGGCGCGAGUCGGCUCCCGUGCACGGCACCACCACGACCACCGGGCCGCGAAGCACCGCCGGUUCCGGUGCGGGUACCGACGUCGGCGCGGACGCGGCGGUCUCGCAGUACGGCGGCGGCGGGGUUUCCGGCGGGUCUUGGUCCUGCACGGCAUACGGGGUCGAGAUCGGCGCCGGCAGGGGCGGCCCGUCGUCCACGUUGAAGGCGAAUGUGGGCGUGAUCGGCGGGGGGGACGCCGAGGGGAAGGAGGGCGAGCGGCACGGUGAGCUCGAGAGCGGGGUGUGGAUGGACAGCGAGGGCGAGUGGGUGAGCGGGGAAGGGGAGAGUUUUGAGCCAGAGUGGACGGAUGCCGCGGAGCACGUCGACGGGUACGGCGUCACUCUGCUUGAGGCUAUCACGGCGAUGAGCAGGACCAGGAUGCUAGCCCCGAUCCCGAUGAAGAGCUGCACUUGUCGGGACUGCAUCGAGCUCGCGGAAUGCGAACUGGGGAAUGGCGAGCUCUCGGGCCAGGCCGAUGAUGGUGAUUCUCCGCCGGAAGGAGGCAGCAACGGUGUGGACGGUGCUGGAGGGAACGGCGACUGGAUAUAUGCGUCCCAUGUCACUGUCGCGGUGGACGUCACCGUGACUGUCGUGGCGACGGCGACAGUGACCGUGACAUCGCGGUGA